AUGUUCAGACAGCUCAGCAUUCAGCUUGACCUCACCGAGGAAACCAAGAUCUUUAUGUUCUAUCAGGGACUUAAAGAUGAAGUUAAGGACGAAAUCGUUAAGAUCGAUCGCCCUAAAGACUUCCUUCAGUAUGCCAACCUUGCAAUCAAGAUCGACAACAGGCUAUUCGAACGACGCAAAGAAAAGGGCGAAAAACGACAAGGACCUAAUAUGGGACCCUCUGAAGACCUGAUCUACUACAAGCCUACGAACUACAACCAACGACCACAACCUAGUGUACUGUUAGAACGUAUUAAUCCCCAGCUUCUGUUAGCAGACCCUACUUCGCCUACCCUGGGAUCCUCGUCCACUUCAGGAGGACGAGCCACCCAAAACCUAGCCCAGGAACUAGGAGACCAGAAGAUAAAGGACGACUCAGACAGCGAGGACGACACUGAAGAACUUAAGCGCCAGCUUAACAAGACUAAUAGCGACUUCAAGGCAAUGCGCGAAAUGUUCAACCAGAACGCAGCAGCCCUCAGCAAACUCCAGGAACAAGCCUGCAAGAACCAGGAUCUAGAGAAAGAAGUCGCCACCCUCUGA